AUGCCGCCGGACUACGUCCUGAUCGAGAUCGACGACGCGCUCGAUCACGCGGGCGGCGCGAUCCCGACGUCCGCGAUGCUUCGGUGGCCGGACCCCGUGCUCGCGCUUCCCGCGCCCGCCCCCGCGCCCGCCACCGCGGACGUCUCGGAAGAGGCCGCGCCGCCGCCCUCACCCGCCGCGCCCGCGGUGGAUCUCGCCGACCUCGCCGCCGCGACGCCGUGGCCGGUGCCGACGUCGCUCGAUCUCGAUCCCGCGGUCGCGAUCGCGGGCGGACCCGCGGCGGCGACGUCCGAGCCCGUGGUGCUCGACCUGACGGAGGCGAGUUCCGAGUCUCUUUUUCAGAGCGCGAACUCCGACCUGGGUAUUUUACCGUCGUCGUCGCCGGAGCCGCGAUACGUCGGCGUCGUCUUCGAAAAGACCCGAUUCACAUCUCUAGAUCCGAGCAUCUCUGCCCAUCCGUGGUCUGUAAAUCGGCGCCACGGCAACGCUCUGAACGGCGUUUUUUUCGCCACGGAGGAAGAAGCUGCGCGCGCUCACGCUGAGAUCCGCGGCUGGACGGAACCGCGAUUGCGCGCUGACUCGUUGUGGCACCGAUAUCAUGAAAUGGUACCGGCAGCGGAGAGAAACGUCUCCGACGAUAGGGUCGUUCGAUUCAAACGCAAGACUCCCGAGUCGCAGUACGUUGGCGUCCAAAUCCUCAGGAACCGCGUGAGAUCGUUGGAUGAGAACCUCGCCAGACUCCCGUGGCGGGCAAAUUUUAGAGAUGGGAGCGCUGCUUACUUUGCCACUGAGGAAGAAGCAGCGCACGCGUACGCUAAGCACCGUGGCUGGACGGAGCCCGUGCUUCGAAAGGAUCAUGAUCACGCGGCAGCAACCAGAGCGGGGAUCGCGACCAGAAGAAAGAACGCCGCCGCGGCCACGCCGGUCUCGGACGAAGCACUCGCGCGACGAUUGCAACACGGUGGUCCGUUGACUCGCGGCGCUCGAGGCUUGAAGAUCGAGCCCAUGGUCGAGCUGUCCGAAGACUCCGACUCAGAGAGCGAGAGCGAGAGCGAGAGCGAGAGCGAAGCUUUGGACGUCAAGGAGACGCCAGGCGAACCACUCCCGCUGUCGAAGUACUUUGGUGUCAGUCUUGCUCGCGAUGAUCGCCCGAAGCCGUGGAGGGUCUCGCAUCGGAACCAAGGUUUAGGACAAUUCGCCACCGAGCUCGAAGCCGCGCGGGCGUUCGCGGACCACAUUGGAAGCUCUGAGCUCGUGCUCCGAGACCCAUCGAGGCCGAAGUGGUGUCCGUUACUGGCUGGCACUGCUAAGCCGUCGCCUCCGCCGAAGCCACAGCCGAAGUCAGAGCCGAAAUCGAAGGUGGGAACGAACCCGAACGCCCCCCCUCCGGGCCCCGGCGCCGAGCUCGUCGGCGCCAAAGUCUCGAGGAUGGUCGUCCCCGUGGAUGGAAACGGCAAAACUUGCGGCGAACCGUACCGCGAGGAGGGCGUCGUCAUCGGGUACAGCAGCGACAGCACAGAGUACGGCAACGUGUACAACGUCAAGUACGUGGACGAGGAGGAGGACGAGGAGGAGGAGGAAGAUCUCAUUUUCGAGGAGCUUCUACUCGUGCUGACGGAGGAUCGCGCGCCGGCGGCGUCUGUCGAGGUCGCGACCAAUUUCACGAACGCCAUCAUCAAAACCAAGAGAUGCCCAAAGCGCGCGAUUCUGGAUAGGUUGAGGAGGAAAUACGCCUCUACGAUCAAAGCUGGCGGCAACGUUCAGUUCGGCGGAUUCGAAACGGUCACCGACGCGAUGAACCGCAAAGCCUUCCAACCACUCGUCUUCGACGCGUCCUGGGGCGAGCACAAAUUCGGGUAUCACUUUCCCACGCGAUGGGGCGCCGCCGCCGCGCACGACAUCUUCGUGCGCGUCCUCCAGAGCUACGGCGUCGGCACGAUAAAGGGCACGCGCACGAACUACAAGCCCGACCUCCCGUGGCACGAGCUCGUGGGCAUCAUGCUCGCUGGCGCGAACGACCGGUUCAGGGACGACGAAGACGCCGCCGCCGCGACGGAGAAAAAGAAACCGGCGGCGGCGGCGGCUGCGGAUCCCGUGGUCAAACCGGCGACCCCGGCUUCGAAGAGGCGCAAAGCCCCCUCGGCGAUGAUGCCCACUGCGAGGCCGGUCAAGCCAGAGCCCGCUACGAGCGGCGACGACGACGAGUCCGAGGACAGCACGAGCUUCGCGCGAGCGAAGAAACGCGUGAAAACCGAGGCGGCGGCCAGCGGCGGCGGCGCCGGAGGCGCCGCCGCCGUCGGAGGCGGCGCCAGCGGAGGCGGCGGCCGGUCGAUCGAGAACGCGUUCAAGGAGCUGAACGAGUGGCUCGCCGCGGGGAUCAUCGACGUGGACGACUACGCGGAGAUGAAGAAGGAGGUGAAGAAGGCGUGGAUGACGCAGAUCGGGUGA